ACAGUGAUCCAAAAUGCCAUGCUAGCCAGAGAAUCCACAGGAUUCCAGCGCACUUUGAAGACAUGAUACGUCUUAAUUCUCCCAGUAUUAGAAUGUAAGCUCUGCAAAGCAGGAUUAGGGUAUUAAGUAGGUAUAUUACUGGGUAAGCUAGGGAUAGAAGCAGGAUAUCCCAUACCCAUUGCUUUCUACUCCUGGAGGUCUGGGAAGGAGGGGGUUAAGAUGAGAACUUCUUAGAAAAAAAAGUCUAUUGUACUGGAUCUGAACUGGAACUCUUCAGGGUGGAGAUUUCGUGAAGGAGAAACAUUAACUCUUCCUUUCCCGAGAUCUCUGGGAUUCGAAGGAGCAGAAGCUGCAUGAACGUCAGGGAACUUUACUGGGCAGAAUUCCUCUUCUCUAUUCUAUGGAACACUUUUCAAUGAGAAGCUCAGAUCUCUAUACCACCCCCAGUACUCGCCCUCCUCCCAAUCUUUCCACCUCCCCCACCACAUCAAUCCCUUAGUCCUCCCCAUUGAUUAUCCCAGACUGUCUGCCACUCCUCCCUCCCCUGAUCCCAGCCCUCAGCCUGCAGAGUUCCCAGGAGUGAAGGGGGGGUCUCGCACAAAGAGGGAGGAGAAACUCAUUUUAAAAAGUCAAUUCUCCUUUCCUGUAACAGUAUACCUGUAGGGACCUGGCAAGGUGGACGCUGUAAGACUCGAGGAUAAUGCCCCCCCAAGAGAAGUCCAUGGAAUACACUUCACACUUUGCACCGCCUGUGCCCCCCCACAUGCCUAAACCUCUACCAUCUACUGGAGGUCAAGAAAGGAACCUCAAAUGCGUCCUACUAGGAGAUGGGGCAGUAGGAAAGACCAGCCUUCUGGUCAGCUACACCACCAAUGGUUACCCAACACGAUACAUCCCCACUGCCUUCGAUGACUUUGCAGCUCUGGUGCAAGUGGAGAACACGCCUGUCAAGCUGCAGCUCUGUGACACCGCAGGGCAGGAUGAAUUUGACAAGCUGCGUCACUUCUGCUACCCCAAAACCGAUGUGGUCAUCCUAUGUUUCAGCGUUGUAAGCCCAUCUUCUUUUCAAAACAUAUCGGAGAAAUGGAUCUCGGAGAUACAAACUCACUGCCCCAACGUGCCACUUGUCCUGGUGGGCACACAGUGUGACCUUCGAGAGGACGUCAAAGUCUUAAUCCAGCUGGCAAGGUAUCGGGAGAAGCCUGUGCCCAAUUCAUCUGCCAGGGCCCUCGCUGAAAAAAUUGGAGCGGUUGCCUAUGUUGAAUGCUCUGCUCUUACCCAAAAGAACCUGAAAGAAGUCUUCGACACGGCCAUCCUGUCCGGCCUUCGAUACUCUGACCUUAGAAACCAGCGGGAGAGAAAAAUGGCCGCCACAGCCAGCAAGAUGAAGACUCUCUCUAAGGCUUGGUGGAAAAAGUAUGUGUGCGUUUAAGACUUGUUUACUCCUUGAAAUAUGGGACCAACAACUCAAGCCCAAGUGCCUUAUCCAAAGAGCUUGCACUCGGAGCAAGAGCUUGACAUCUUGCUGUGAAAGGUGACUGUGAAAGUUCAUGGUCCUGGACUACCGUGCCCAAAUUCUAGGUACAUGCAGAGUUCAAAGACUUUCCAUGGGGCCUGGCACAGAGCAAAUCAGCAGGGCCCCUGGAGACGCUGUACCUUGGCGGCAGAUUAACCUACGUAACGACAUUCUGACACCUCUUCUUAAAGGGAUACAUCCAAUUUGCACCUAUGUUUACACUGGAUAAGGUUCCAGGCUGGAAUGUGUCAGAAUGAAUACUGGUGACCGGGAUGGUGCCUAUACUGAAUUAAUAUAAUGAUCGCUUUGAUUUGCUGCCUCGCAAUGGCGGCUGAAACCUGAAUAUAGCUUCUGUUCUAGGAAGCGUGUAACAUAUGGACAUUGUAAUACUAUGUAUUAGCAUGGACAUCCGUGUCUGCGAGUGAGCCAUGACCUGGACUGCUUCUUCAAACAGCAGAUUUUACAUUCACUGGGAUAUGUCAUCUAACAUCAAACAGGCCUUGCGUAACUCGAGGUUCCCAGCUGUUCUCCGACUGCAUGGCCCCAUGCUGAGACUUGUAGUUCCGGGACAUCUGGGUGCCACUAGUAACUCAAGCCUGUCUGUAGUAAAUUCAUAUUUUUUUUUUUUUACUAAUACCAGUAGGCUGUUCACUCCUAGCCAUGUCGUCUUGUAUCGGUCUCAGUGAUAACGCUUUACAAGCAUUUGUUUGGGACGCAAAAUCUCUUUUCAUGUGAUUCUGUUUGCAAAUAAAAUCACUUUU